AUGCACGUGGGCGACUUUGAGGGAGCGAUGCAACAGUUCUGCCAUACGAUUGGCGUUAUCUCUCCUAGUAUGGUGAUUCGAAAGUUCCUUGAUGCACAGCGCCUGCAAUUCCUUACCGUGUACCUUGAAGCUUUGCAUGCACGGCACCUUGCAAAUGCAGAUCAUGCCACACUCUUGCUGAAUUGCUACACAAAACUUCGAGAUACCGAUGCGCUUGAUCGGUUCCUUCGCGCACCCGAUGUCCCCUUGGAUGUGCAGGUGGCUAUGGAUGUAUGUCGACGUGCGGGGUGUACCGAACAGGCGGCAUACCUCGCGCAGACACAUGAAAUACAUGACAUAUACCUGAACAUUCAGCUUCGUGACAAGCUUGAUCCUAAAGCAGCACUUGCCUACCUAGAGACACUAGCACCCUCCGAUGUCAUGGAUUAUUUCCCACCUUGUGCACGUUUGCUUCUUGAAGCUGAGCCCGAAGCCACGGCAGAUCUUCUCGUACGUGUGUAUGCUGAUUCCAGCGACAGCAAAGUGACGCUUCUCCCGUCCAUGCUCUCGCACUUUGUGGGACACGAAAGAACACUUGAGCGUUUCCUAGAGCGUAUUCGCACGGCCAAACGGGAUCGACACGAGCUUGUGCUCGUCCAUGACACGCUUAUUGAGCUGUAUUUGAAACAUGCACCGGACAAGGCGCUUGCGAUCCUCGAAAGCCACGAUGAUGUCACGCCUUAUACCCCAUCAUCUGCCUUAGUGCUUUGUCAAGAUGCUUCAUACACGCCGGGUCUUUUGUGUCUGUAUGAACGCCUUGGCAUGGUGGAUGCCAUCUACGAGCAUUGGGUGCAUGCACACGAGGCUGGCGAUGCAGAGGCUCCUCGUCAAUUGUUGCAAAUGCUUGAAAAAUUUGGAACUAGUGAAACACACUUGUAUGUGUCGACAUUGGCGUUUUUCACGUCGUCGUCUGACUUGUUGGAGGCACAUAUUACGGAUGUCGAGCGCAUGCUCGCCUAUAUCGAGACGCAUGCGCUGCUGUCACCAUCAGAGGUUGUGCAACUUCUAGGACGCAAUUCUGUGGCGCCUAUGAGUUUGUUGACGCCGUAUCUAAUGAAGCAUGUGCACAAUGAACGUACCGAGUUGCUCAGUGCACAGAAGCUUGUUGCAUCAUACCGCGAGGAGGCACAGACGAAACAGGCGGAGAUUGCUGCCCUACAAAGUCUCGAUGAACCACGUGUGUUUCAGCACCAUGAAUGCGGGUUGUGCAACCAGCCACUUGAACUGCCGGCGGUGCAUUUCAUGUGUCGACACAGUUUUCAUUUCCGGUGUCUGCCAGAAGGAGAAGCGGCGCGGGAGUGCCCUAUCUGUGCCGAUGAACACAAGACCGUGCGGGCGCUCCGUGAUCCCAGCAUGUUGUCUUCUCUGGAUAUGGUGCUGGAGGAGGUACAUGCAGCAGAAGACGGCUUUGAUGUGAUAGCAGACAUGUUUUCUAAGGAGCUCACUCUUUUUUCUUAG